AAAUCGGGGAUUACUAUAUAAAUGAAGAUAAGCGGUGCGGAGAAGACCUGAAGACCCAGAUCCAGAUCCACGGGUUCUGGGCUCGGACACCCAAAACCCUCGCUCCAACUCCUACUAUCCUGCUAGUGCCACCACUACACCGCCGGAUCUGCGGAUCGUCGGCCGGAAAACUGCAACCAAUGCAAGGCCGCACUCUCCUCUCGCGUUCGGCUAGCUUCCGCCCGGAGAAUCUUGGACCGAACGCUCUGCACCUCAUCGGUAACCUCUGCUUCGCUCUCUUCGUCAUCGGGGUUCUCACCUUCACCAUUAUCGCUGCCACCUACCAGCCUGAGGACCCUCUCCUCCAUCCAUCCACCAAACUAACGUCCUUCCUUAUCUCAACAUCCAACGCUACCUUCCACGCCGAUGAUUCCACCGCCCAUACCGGGGAUGACUUUUUAACUCCCAAUUUCACCUCCGACGCCUCUUCAGUCAUUACCCUCUCUGACAUCAGCUUAUCUGGUGAUGAAAACGGGAAGUCCGUGGCAACCGACGGCGAUGAGGCGACUGAGUCCAGCCCACACACCGUUUGCGCCGACGGGCCGAUUAAGUGUACCGACGCGGAGAUCUUUCAAAUCAUGAUGCGCGCCGCCAUUGAGAUCUUCAGCGACAUCCAUUUCUACCGCUUCGGUAAACCAGUGCAAGGAGGCGACGACGGCAUGUCUUGCGACAUGGCCUGGCGUUUCCGCCCCAAGAAUGCGAAGAGGACGGGUUUCUAUAAAGACUACCGUCGCUUCGAGAUCGCACGAUCGGUCAACUGCACCUACUCUGUCGUCAAGAUCCGUGACUACCACACGGGUAUCAAUGCCCGGAAGAAGCGAAAGUCGACCAAAGGAGGCGAGGUCAAACACAAGGGCGCCCCCGAUUCACUGUCUGAAGUGGUGGUUCCGGUGGUCGGUGAGGCAGUGAACGAUACCCUACCGGUGGUGGAGUCCGAGAGCAAGUUCAGAAGCGGGAAGUACUUGAUCUACACUGGCGGUGGCGAGCGGUGCAAGAGCAUGAAUCAUUAUCUUUGGAGUUUCCUCUGCGCGCUUGGAGAAGCUCAGUACUUGAACCGAACGCUUGUAAUGGAUCUCAGCAUUUGCCUAAAUUCCAUGUACAGUUUGAGCAAUCAGGACGAGGAGGGGAAGGACUUUAGAUUCUACUUUGAUUUCGAGCAUCUAAGGGAUUCGGCCUCCGUCCUUGACCAGCAUCAGUUUUGGGAGGGUUGGAAUAAGUGGGAGAAGAAGGAUAAGCUAAAACUUUACCUUGUGGAGGAUUUCAAGAUAACACCCAUGAGCCUUGGCGAUGUGAAUGAUGCUUUGAUAAUGAGGAAGUUUGGGACGGUCGAGCCGGAUAACUACUGGUACAGGGUUUGCGAGGGAGAGACGGAGUCUGUGAUCCAGCGGCCGUGGCAUCUAAUUUGGAAAUCACGGAGGUUAAUGGACAUUGUUUCAGGUAUAGCUUCGAGAAUGAAUUGGGAUUAUGAUGCAGUUCACGUAGUACGAGGGGAAAAGGCCAAGAAUACUGAGCUUUGGCCAAAUCUGGCUGCUGACACCUCACCUAGUGCUUUACUCUCUUCUCUGCGAGAGAAGAUUGAUGAUGGAAGGCACCUUUAUGUUGCCACCAAUGAGCCUGACAAUUCUUUCUUUGACCCUCUGAAAGAUAAGUACACUACCCAUUUUCUUGAUGAUUUCAAAGACUCGUGGGAUGAAAAUAGUGAGUGGUACCUCGAGACAAAGAAGCUAAACAGUGGAGUUCCCGUUGAGUUUGAUGGGUACAUGAGGGUGGAGGUGGAUACCGAGGUGUUUCUGAGGGGCAAGAAGCAGAUUGAAACCUUCAAUGAUCUUACACAUGACUGCAAGGAUGGCAUAAAUACUUGUCGAACUGCGUCUUAAAUCAUGAUGGACGGACACUGGCUUUUACUGGUAUUUGAAAAGCUUUCAACUUUUUUUAUUGCUACGUUAUGUCCUCCAUAGAAUUUAAUAUUAUUUUAAGAAGUCCUUGGUAAGUGGUAAUGAAUGAUGGUCCUUUGGAUAUCAUCAAAGUCUAGAGUUUGCUCUUGUUACACCAGUAGCUAGCAAUUACUAAGCUUACCAGAUUCAAUAUCUUAUAUAUGUUUAUCAUUGUCAUUUGUUGUUGUUAAGGUUUAAAUUUGUAGAAUUUGCACAUUUUUUUUAGAUUCAUCUUCUUAGGUUCAUCAAACUGUUUAUCUUUCGUGUUGAAAGAUUUGGCAAGUAGUGGAAAGACUCAAAUAAUUAUGUCACGUCUAAAUUGUUAUGAUGUACUCUUUUUUUAUCAUCAUUAUUUUCUUAGUAUUCAGUUGGUCUCA